AUGGUAGACGCCACGUAUGCUCCCGGCAUCACAGAGGGCAAACAGGAUUUGGAGUCCAGGCUGGAUAGAAUCUUCAGUGAAUUCUGGCGUAAGCUCGAGGAAAGAAUGCACCAACAUGCCCAGACACAACCAACUGCCUACUCCUCUCAGAAGCGGAUACCUACCUUGCAGCACAAGUCUACAGCAGCGGCAACAAUGCAGGCCCCAACACGGCGGCAGAGCAAGACGUACAGGAACAAAGCAGCAAGCAGGAGGGUGCCGUUACAAUCCAACACAAGGUCUGUUGCACACUCACCGACCGUGGCACCUGGCUUUGUUUGCCGACUCCCAUGA